GGGGUGCGGGUGCCCCCGGACGACGCCUCGCGCCCCGCCGCUCCCCGCAGAGCCCUUCCCGCCGCCGCUGCCGAAGGGCCGCGGGACGACGAAGGGCCGCCGGAGCCGCGGCUGCCGCUCGUCGGGAAGAGCGGCGGCGGGAGGAGCGCGACGGGCAACGGCGCCCUGGGGCGGGCGGCCUUCGAGUCGCGGCCGUCCACGCGCGCGGUGACGCGGAAGCGACGGCAGAGCGGCUCGUGGAGGGGAUACGGCGUGCACGUGGUGGCCGCGCCCGACGCCUUCGACUCGCCGGAGCGCGGCGCCCGGUGCCGCCGCGAGAUCGCCCGCUGCGCGCUGCUGUCGGCGCCGGGGCCGCACGCUCUGCUGCUGGUGACGCAGCCGGGCCGCUUCACGCAGGAGGACGAGGCGGCCGUCCGGCAAGUGUGGCGGCUGUUCGGGCGCGGCGCCGCCGAGCGCACCGUCGUGGUCUUCACGCGCGGGGACGAGCCGAGGGGCGGCUCCCUGCGGCGGCACGUGGAGGACACCGGCACCGCCGCGCUGCGGGAGCUGCUGCGGGACUGCGGGGGACGGUGCUGCGCCUUCGACAACCGGGGGGGGCGGCCGGGGGGAGGGGGUGGGGUGGGUCGGGGAGCUGCUGGAGACCGUGCCCCGCGUGCUGGGGGAGACCUGAGCGCCCACUACCGGAACGAGCUCUACGACCGCGCCGCGCGGCUCCUGGAGCUCCCGGACGUCGACUUCGAGAAGAAAUGCGAUCUCCCGGCCGAGGACGCGGAGCGGCGGCUGCAGGGGCGGUGGCACACGCGGCUCCUGGAGCGGCUGCGGUUCAUCCCGGCCGUGCAGUGGCUGCGCGGCACGCGGUGUGCGCGGUGCGUGUGCUUCUGCUGCCGCUGCGUCCUUGCAGCACUGCUGGCCCUCGGGCGCGCCCUGCGCCGUGUGCUCUCGUGGGGCUGGCAGAGCGUUAUCCGGCUGUACCACCGCUUUGUGCGUUAGCCAGCAGAGCUGUGCUGUGUGCCUUUCCCUGGUAGGCACGCUGCAGUGCUGCCCCGCAAAACACGCAGCUGCUUUUCCUCCCAACAGCACUGCAGCCCCGUGUGGGCUGCACAUCUUGGUGUGAAUACAGCAUCACAAAUUGUGAGCCUGCCGUGCUGUGUUGUGGCUUUGUCCCCAUUUGUAGCCAACAGUGUGGCCUGGCUGUGUUGGGACAGCGUCAGGGACAGAGAUGGGCAGUGGCUGUCGGGCAAUGCCCUCGUGCUGCUGGGAGAGCAUGGAGUGUCCGGGCAGAGGAAGCAGCACUCAUGGGAUGGGAACAGUGCCCACGGGAUGGGGACUGCACCCACAGGAAGGGAUCCAUCCCAAAUCAGCUGUGGUGGCAGCAGGGUGGGGAUGGGGUUGGUCACAGGACCCUCAGUGCCGUGGUCUGAGCGCUCCUCACAUCCCCACAGGUGGCGGGGUGGGCGCAGGGUUUGGGGAGAUCCAUGAGCAUGGCACAUGGGGGGACUAAAGGAUAAUUAUGGUAAUUAGUGUAAUAUUUGUGUUUUAAUUAGCACUCUGCAUGCAUCAUUGCUUCCUACUGCUCCCAGCGGCCCAGGGCGCUGUCGGCAGCAUCAGCACUGUUCUGAAAACAGCGGGAGCCACGGCCCGGACAGAACCCAUCCCCACGAGGGGCCUCUGGAAAAGGGAAGAGAAACUGCAGCUGUUGUUCUGUGAAGCUGUCAGGAGGAACUCGAGGCCCCAAGGGACCGCAGGGCUGCUGAGCUCUGGGCUCUGUCGCAACAAAAAGCGAAAGCACUCCUGCUGCUCCUGCGGCCCUCAGGAAGAGUAUCGCGUGGCCAAAGCGGAGCUGGAGUUGAAGCUGGCCAUCACCAUGGCGGACAACACAAAGGAAUGUUGAUCACGUGAACAUGAAAUGGAGGAUGGGAUUCAGCCCGGGGUGCACAAAGAGCUGCCUGGUGUCAUCGUGCACCCCUCAUUUAGGUUUGGGUGGUCCUGGGAAGCCGGUGAAGUCCCAGCUGACUGGAAGCUGGAAGACGUUGUCCCAGUUUUCAAGAACAAGAAGGAAGACCCUGGUGAGGACAGGCCUGCCAGACUCACUGCAUCAGUGGUGGAGUCCUGGAGGUUGUUCUGGGAGAUACUGAAAAAGAGCUGAGAGACGAUGCAGUCGUUGUCAGCAGCCAACACGGGCUGGCAAGGGGCAAAACCUGUCCUGUGAACUCGGUCUGGAGGUAUGACGGUCACCCACUGAGCUGCUCAUGGGGAUCCAGCUGGUUUGAUCCAGAGCUGUUUGGGUUACUGCAGUGCCUCCAUAGCGCUGCUCACAGGAUCCUGCAGGCACAGUGCCUGGCACACAGCUGGACAUGGACACGGUGUGGGGGGUGAGUGCUGGGCUGACGGCGCUGGGACCCGGGGAUAGAUGUGCUGGUGGCAGUGACUGGGGGUUCCACAGGGCUCCAUUUCAGGGCUGGUUCUCUUUAGUUUUCCCUUCAGUGACUGGAUAUGGGUUCUCAGUACAGGGGAGGAGCAGAGGCCAGACAGCAGCUGCACAGAAGGGCUCUGGGGGCUCUGGGACAGCCUGGUGGAUGUGAGCACACAGUGCCCUGCAGCCAAAAGGGCCCCAUCCCCUGGGGGACAGCAGGCCCAGCAGUGCUGGAGAGAGAAGGGACCAUUCCCUUUGCUCUGUGCUGCAGCCUGACCUCGAGCAUCGGGUGCUGCUGUGUGAGAAGGGCAUGGAGCCAUUAGAGAGCAUCCAAAGGAGGGCUGUGGAGGUGGGGAAGGGUCUGCAGGGCAAGGGGUGUGAGGAGAGCUGAGGGCACUGGGUUUGUUGUGCCCACAGCAGAGGAGGCUGAGGGGAGGCUCAUGGCCUGUGGCUCCUCAUGGCCCUACAGACCCUCGUGUCCCAAGGAGAACCCACAGCCUCUGGGUCCUUGUGCCAGGGCUGCAGCACCGCACAGCACAAUGCAGCUUCCUGUAUCCAAGAGUGUAUUGGAAGGACAAAGGUGAAGGUCUUGAAUGCAAAAGAGGGCAGGGCCUGUGAGCCAUAAAUCAAGUUCCCUGUAAGAUCUGCUGAUGGCCCAUCCUGGCAGUGCCCAAGUCCAGGUUGGAUGUGUCCUUGCAGUGGGACAGCUCAGAUGUGGCCAAUUGUGGAACAGUGCUACCUGUGAUCCCAGCACUGCCCUCCCCCUGACGCUGCCUCUAAAAGCGCUGCUGAGCUGCACAGCGGUUCCAGCCCCAGCGCUGCUGUGCAGGAGGAGAGCAGGA